UCUCACUAAUCAAAUCACCUCCUUUCGAGACCAGUCCACCAGAACCUCGACUCCUCCUCGUUUUUCCUGCUUCGAAGCUCAAGUGUCGGUGGCGAUGGCGACGAUCUAAGAUGAAGCGUCCGAAACAAUCGUGGAUAGUGUGGACAGGAAUGAUGGAGUAGCUUCAGUAUCUCGACAAUGGUGAACAAUUUCUGUGGGUGUGGUGAGGAAUAGCGGAUUAGGGUUUAGGGUUCAAGUGAGGAUGGAGUCGGAGGAGUUGGGCUGGGAAAGUGGGCCAUGGGUGUUUGGCGUCCAAAUGCUCGCUUGUGCUGGCAUGUUGGGUUACAGAAGCCUGGUGGUCCCCAAAUCGCUAGCGAUUGAUAAGGCUGUUAUUGUUCGAUUCUCGGGUUCCUUCGUUACCUUCCAGCGCACUUUCCUUGCAGUGUUCAUUCUUGCGUCAGUGGCUGAUGCAUUGCAGGUUGUUUACACCGAAGCCUUAUACGAGAGCUAUGGUUUUAAAAGAAAAGAGAUAGCUAUAUUGCUCGCUGUUGGAUACGGAAGCUCGCUUUCCCUUGGCACGAUUAUUGCAGCUUCUGCUGACUACAUAGGUCGCAAACGAGCUUGCAUGUUAUUCGGAUUCUUCCAAGCUCUAGGAUGUUUUGCCAAACAGUACCCUGAAUUCCGCAUACUGUGCUUUGCUCAUGUCUCUCUGGGCAUCGCAACGUCUCUUCUAUAUUCUUCUUUUGAGUCUUGGAUGGUCGUGGAGCACGAAAAGAUGGGCUUCAGACAAGAAUGGCUGAAUGAAACUUUUUGGUUAAUGGUAUUUAGUAAUGGGGUUGUUGCAACAGGUUGUGGAGCUCUAGCUAACGUGGUUGCAAACUGGCGGGGCUUCAUCGGGUCUGCUCCAUUAAUUUCAGCAAUAGUGACCGCUCUUCUCAGUAUUCUAGCUGUCAAAAGAACAUUUACUGAAAAUGUGGGAACGUCUCCCAGCUUAUGGCGUUCUAUCGGCCAUGCAGUGCAGUGUCUUAGCGAUAGGAAGGUGCUUCUUUUAGGAUGGACUCAAGCGUGCUUUGACUUCUCAGUCGUUGUUUUUUGGUACCUGUGGACGCCUACUUUGGUGGCAGAUGGUCGAGAAGUCCACAGUGCUGUGAUCUUUACAAGAUUAAUAGCAUCCAUGGUGCUUGGCAGUAUAAUUACUGCAUGUUUGCUUCAGGGCCCUUACUUCUUCCGCCCCGAAAGCUUUCUUCCGAUAGUUCUCUUUGUGGGAGGUAUCUCUUUGUUCUUUCCAGCUUAUAACCAUCAGGAGGUGAAGGUGCUCUUGUGGUGCUUUUGUGUAUUUCAUACAUGUGUUGGGAUUGCAUUGCCCUCUCUAGCUCGCCUUCGAAGCUUGUACAUCCCAAACGACCGGCGAGCUGCAGUCAUGAGCAUAUUUCGUAUUCCUGUUUAUUUUGCGGUUCUCGUUGUUUUAAUACAGGGAGGUUUGCAUGAGAAACUGGACAAUAGCACUAUCUUCGGUACUGCUAUUGCUGGGCUACUAUCAGGAGCAGGAUGUAUACAUUACAUAGAACGUACGCGUGGAUUGCCUCAAGAACUUCCCCUUUCUGAAAGACCUUGAAAGCGUAUCAUUAGAUACAAUAUCGGUAUCAGUGGGAGAUUAGAAUCCCACACUUAAUUUAGUAAACCAGAAACAGUUUGUCUUUGAAGCGGACUGGUUUAGCCUUCGCAACUGUGCAUGAUCGCAGCUGACGGUCGCUGGAGGUAUGCACUGGGAUUUGCAGAAUAUUGUAGAGAAUGUGUGGCUAGCAGGGUGGUGCUUGUUACAACCAAUCAGUGAGGCCAGGAUUUAACAUGAUGCUGACAUAGCAUCAGUUGUCAAAUUCAUCACUGGCAAUGUUUGUGUCUUCAUUAGCAUAUCCAUGUCUCAAAUAUGCAGUGAUUUGACGGCACUUAUUUACUCCCCACUUCAGGAUUGAUUUCAAGUUUAGAAUACUGUCCUGAAGUCCAAAAGUCGAAGAGAUGACUUCAUGUUUAGCAUUUCAUGUUUUAAAGCACGGAUGCUGUAAACAAUGAUACAAAAUAAUGUUCGUGUUCUCCACAAGAUGUUGUGUUAUGACAUAACUGCUGGGUUCAUUACAAUAUCGUCCUGUUGUUAGGUGAGUGUUUUUGCACACAACCAGGGUACAACGUGUGCAUGCGGACACCUGGAUCAUCUUUAGUGCCUCCAGCCAUGCCAUUGCUCUAUUCGCAAUAAACAGCUGCGACUUUUUAUGACGUUUCUGAACAAAACCUGGUGACUUUCCAGCUGAGGAGAAAGACCACCCUCCCUCAUGUCAAGGUGAAGAAUGCAGGUGGGCUCGUUGUCAUAUUUUAGUCUAAAGUAGUCCUCUGUAGAUUAAUGGCUUUUAUGGCAAUCAUAACUUCCUCCUCUUCAGGGAAAUCCUAGCAACAGCAGUAGCAUAGAGCCCAAACUCACUUGUUAUGAUAUGUUUAAUGCAAUUGGACACUUAAAACUGAA